UGUUGGUUGCAGAAUCGUACCAUACCGUUGCAUUGUAUGCACCAGAUCCACUGCACGUCUGGGUACGUCCGUACGAAGUAAUUACGCCGAUGGGCUGGCAAAGCUCGCCUUUCCCCCUCAUGGUUGUUCUGCACAUCUUCGCCCAUUUCCCUCGAAUUAAUUACCACGUCUUUCUCUCGACGGUGACCACAGUGGCUUCUUGACGAACUGUUUAAUCGGUUAGAAUCGCAAUGGGCUCGGCUGUCUAUGACUACCUUAUUGUGGGGGGUGGCCUCUCAGGCUGUGUCGUUGCAAGCCGCUUGCGACAAUACGACGAGACGGCCAAAGUGCUAGUAAUCGAGGCAGGCCAAGACACGCGCUCGCGGACCGAUAUUCUGGAACCCCAGGUGCUCAACUUGGGAGGGGAAUUAGACUGGCAGUACGAAACUGACCCAGCACCUGGCAUUGCCAAUCGCUCCGUUGUCGUCAACCAAGGCAAGGGAGUCGGGGGUGGCACCGCGAUCAACUCAGGUGGCUGGACUCGUGGCGCGGCCGUCGACUUCGAUGAGUGGGCGGCUGUCGUGGGCGACGAACGCUGGAGUUAUAAGGGCCAACUGCCCUGGUUCAAGAAGACUGAGCAUUGGUUUGAGAGCAACAACCCCGAUCAGCACGGUCAGAACGGGCCGAUUCAUGUGGCGACUGCCGACUCGACCGGUCGCAAAUACCCCCUGGGCGAACAUGUCGCCUCGGCCUGGGACGAAUUGGGUGUACCCAAACUCCCGGAUUUGGAUCAGAAUGCGGGUAGCAACAUCGGCCGUGCUUAUCUAUGCGAGGCAAGGCGUGUCGGCAAGCGGCAGCUGUCCUCAAGCGUGUAUCCACUCGAUGGUGUCACGGUCCUCACAGACACCCUCGUGAAGAGGGUUGUCUUGGAUCGCGAUGCCGCCAGCGGGACGCUCAAAUGUACCGGGGUGGAGCUGGCCGACGGGACCAUAGUAUCAUCCAAGAGCGUCAUAUCUUCGGCGGGAACUUUCCGUUCCCCUCAACUGCUGUUGCUUUCCGGAAUCGGCCCAUCAGCUCACCUGAAAGAGAUGGGGAUAGAGACGCUCGUUGACCUGCCGGAUGUCGGCCAGGGGCUCACAGACCACAUGUCCUUCUUCCAGCACUGGCGGCUCCGCGACCCUUCGCCCGGCUACACCCUCGGAUCCAGCAACCCGGUCCUCCAGCAGCCCCAGUUCGGCCUUGGCGUGCCCAUGGACUGGAUCGUCUGCACCGACGUGCCGAAGGGGGGUCUCGCCGAGGCGAUCGAGAAGGACGAGGGCGCUGCGCCCGACGCGUCUCAACAUCCGCUCCUCAGCAGGCCGCGCACUUUCAUUGAGAGCAUACUGCUCUACGCGAAACUGCCCUUUCCGGGUGUCCCGAUGGACGCCGAUCACCUCACCACGGGCGUCGUUAGCUUCCUACCUACGUCCAGGGGUAGUGUGACGUUGCGGUCGGUGAAACCCGAAGACGCACCCAAGAUCCAGCUGAACUACCUCGCCACCGAGGUAGACAAGUACGUGUACCGCUCCGGGCUGCGCCAACUAGCCCGCCUCAUGCUAGACACCCAAUUCGGCCGGGAGUUCGUGGCGGGCGAAUCCGUCCCUGAGGCUCUCAGUGGUCUCGGCGUCUCGCCCCUAUCGCCAAGCGACAGCGACGAGAAGCUUGACCAGAGACUCGCCCUCACGGGAGGAACGACAUGGCACCCGUCUGGGACGUGUUCCAUGGGCAAGGUCGUAGACAGCCAGCUCCGCGUCCGCGGGGUGGAGGGUCUCUGGGUGGUUGACGCGUCGGUGCUGCCCGUGCCGCUGAGCGCUCAUAUCCAGGCGCCGCUGUAUGGGCUGGCCGAGCAGGCUGCGGCUAUUAUUGCGGGGAGGGCAUAGCCUCUGCCGCACAUCCAGGCAAUAUUCUCAAUCGAAUGUGCGCUUCGCUAAUUAUUCCUUGUAUACGCCAAGAUAUUGGUUGAUGAACCACCUAUCCUCCGUUGCAUAUUUUGAAUGCACCAAAAUCAAAGCUCCCAAAAGAUGUGCUUAAGAUCCUGCUGCUUGACACAAUUACUAAAAAUAGAGACAGAGCCUCAGGGGUAGAUUUCCAAACCCAAAGAGCUAGCCAGAUCCUGCAGUUACAGGUAGCGCUGGCGCGGCCCAAAAUUAAGCCACCGACAUUUUUGC